GGUUGCUUGCUGGGCGUCGCCAUCUUGUCUUUCGCUCAGCGUGGGGGGCGCCAUCUUGUGCCCUCCUGAUGAAUGAGCGGCAACACAAAGGAGCGAGUCCAUCCGGUUUGGUCCGCUGCUGCGUCUGUGAGCGUGGCUGACCAUGGAGUCCUACCUCGCCAGCCUUUUCCUCUUUCUCUGCUUGGGGCGCGCCUUGACGGCCCCAGAGCUCCUCAAUGAAGAGGUGAAGCGGACGAUAGAUCUUAGCACGCACCUGGCCAAAGUGACGGCCGAACUGAGCUUGGUGAACUCCGCUAGGAGCUCCGGGGCUGCCUCCUCCUUCCUUCUGGCUUUGGAUCCCGGCCUGGAGAGCCACCUGGCAUACCUGGGGGUGCUGGUGAAAGGUGAAGAAGAGGAGGAGAAUACGUUGGAGGUAAAGGAGACAAAGGUUAAAAGUAAAAGUGGAAGACUUUUCACUGUAAAAUUGCCAUCUCCUCUGGCUCCAGGAGCAAAAAUUCGUUUAUCUGUUGAAACUGUUUUUACUCAUGUCCUACAGCCAUAUCCUACACACAUCAAUCAAGCAGAGAAGCAAUUUGUAAUUUUUGAGGGCAACCACUAUUUUUAUUCUCCAUAUCUAACCAAGACCCAAACUACUCGUUUGAAACUGGCUUCAAGAAAUGUGGAAAGCUACACCAAACUAGGCAAUCCCAGCCGGUCAGAGGACAUGAUUGAAUAUGGACCCUUCAAAGAUAUACCACCAUAUAGUGAGGACACCCUUAAGGUACACUAUGAAAACAACAGCCCAUUUCUGACUAUCACAAGCAUGACUCGAGUUAUUGAAGUCUCACACUGGGGUAAUAUUGCUGUUGAAGAGACCAUCGACUUAAAACAUACAGGAGCUGUGCUUAAAGGGCCUUUCUCCAGAUACGAUUACCAAAGGCAGCCAGACAGUGGAAUAUCUUCUGUGAAAUCCUUUAAGACCAUUCUUCCGGCUGCUGCUCAGGAUGUGUAUUACAGAGAUGAGAUUGGCAAUAUAUCUACCAGUCAUCUUCUUGUCCUAGAUGAUUCGGUGGAGAUGGAGAUUCGUCCUCGUUUCCCCUUGUUUGGUGGUUGGAAGACUCACUACAUCAUUGGUUAUAACCUGCCUAGCUAUGAGUACCUCUUUAAUCUUGGUGAUCAGUAUGCUCUGAAGAUGAGGUUUGUUGACCAUGUAUUUGAUGAGCAAGUUACAGAUUCGCUGACCGUGAAAAUAAUUCUUCCAGAAGGUGCCAAGAAUAUCCAUGUGGAUAGUCCGUAUGAAAUCAGUCGGGCUCCUGAUGAGCUUCAUUAUACCUACUUGGAUACAUUUGGCCGCCCAGUCAUUGUGGCGCACAAGAGCAACCUAGUAGAGCAGCACAUCCAGGAUAUUGUGGUGCACUACAACUUUAACAAGGUCCUGAUGCUGCAGGAGCCUCUGCUGGUAGUUGGAGCCUUUUACAUCCUGUUCUUUACUGUGAUUCUCUAUGUGAGGCUUGACUUCUCCAUCACAAAGGAUCCAGCAGCCGAAGCUAGGAUGAAAGUUGCUUGCAUUACAGAGCAAGUUCUUACCUUAGUGAACAAGAGACUUGGUCUGUACCGCCAUUUUGAUGAAUCUGUGAAUAAGUACAAGCAGUCACGGGAUAUAUCCACCCUGAACAGUGGCAAAAAAUCUCUGGAGACAGAACACAAGUCCUUAACCAGUGAAAUAGCUUCGUUGCAGUCAAAACUGAAGGCGGAAGGCUCUGACUUAUGUGACAAAGUCAGUGAAAUUCAGAAACUUGACAGCCAAGUUAAGGAGCUGGUUCUGAAAUCGUCUGUGGAGGCUGAGCGGCUGGUAGUUGGCAAGCUUAAGAAGGAUACAUACAUAGAGAAUGAGAAGCUGCAUUCCAACAAGCGGCAGGAGCUGAUCACCAAAAUUGACAACAUCCUUGAUGCGCUAUAACUUUGAAGAUUAAAAGUUUUUUUUAAAAAAAUGGGGAAAGAGCUAAAGGCUGUCGAAUGGGCAUACUGAGCCACUCCAAAUGGGGAAUUGGCAGGGGGUGGGGGAGGUCACUGGCUUAUAAAAUUGGGGCAAGGGAGAAUUUUUGGAAAUUGCUUUCUUUAAAAUUUGGAGUUAUUGUUUUAAGGCCUGGUUACGAUAUGUACUACCUGGGAGAGGUGUGGCUUAAUGUGCCUUGUACUUACUGUAACCAUGGUCCUACUGUAAAUGGCAAACUUAGCAACACGACUUCACGGUCCUGUCUGUUGAUGUUCUGCCGGGAGCCUUUCGUUAUCAGUAGGCACAUGUGCAAAUGGACCUUCUGCUGGCACUGAAAGUCUCAACCAGAGGGGAUAUACACAAUUGGGCUGUUCAAAGGUUUGGCAGAAAAAAAUUCUUCCCAUCUUUGAAUUUAUACUUUUAUAUUUUGGAGAUAGGGUGCAGAUAAAGAACUUGAACAAAGGAAUUUUUUACAGUAUUGUUGCAGAAGUUGAGAUUCUGGCGCCUGAACUUUCUGAGCCUCUUUGAAAUUACAGCAGUGGAUAGAGUCCAGUGCAGGUGAAGGGUAUGGGUGAGAUUAAUUUGCUUAUAAGCCUGUGCUUUCCCUCAAAUUGUUUUUCCUUUUUUU